AGCGCGCGCUCGUUCGUCCCUUCUUUGCGGAGGGGACGUGGCGCUCCUGGGUUGAGGCGUCGGUUUAAAUGGAAAUGGAGGUGGGAUGAAAUUCCGGCCGGGCUCUUCCUUCCGUCCAGCCAGAGCUGCUGUGUACGCCGCGCUUCUUCCCGCAGUGGGCAGUGGAGCGGAGCGGAGGUAGAAGGGUGAGCUGCGUCGCAAUGGAUGAGGCGGACCCGUCCCGAGCUUAGCAAAACACUUUCUAGGGCACAAGGGCUGGGGAUCCGCUGCGGCAAAGCGCUCGCUCUCCUCCCGUGGCUGUGGCCCGCCUAGUGGUCGCCGCUGCCCCCCGGCCGCUGAGGCGGCGAAGCUGAGCGCUGAGCUGCCUUUGCUCCCUCAGCCGCAAUGGGAUUGUGGGGGACGCAGCAGCAGCAGCUUCUCAGGUCGUCGUCGUUGCGGCUCAGCAGGUCGCUCAAGCGGCGCCUUCCGGAGCCCCGAAGGAGAGCGCGGAGCGCGCUGCCCGGGCGCGCUGCCUGAGCCACCGCCGCUCACCGCGAGAGCACGAUGGAAGAGCGCCCGAGCCGGUGGCUCCUGUUUCCGCCGCUCCUGGCGCUGCUCGUCGCCGUCCUCCUCCUCCUCCACGAGCCUUCCCCCAAGGGAGGCUGCCCCGGUGCGCCCGCCGCGCCGCCUCCGGCCGCGGCUCCUUGCGUCCCCGGGCUCCCUUCCGCGGUCCCGUUCCCGCUCGGAGGACGUCGGGGCGAACGAGGGCAACAUCUGCACUGGGAGCCGCAUGGAGCGCGCGGGGUCGUCCUGCGCUCCUCCCGCUCGCCCGGGCGGAAGUUCUUCUUCGAAGUCUCUGAGUUGUGCCGCCGCCUUCCAUUCGACAUGAGGGGCCACGACGUGAUGGUUUUUCUGCACAUCCAGAAAACCGGAGGCACCACCUUCGGGAGGCACCUGGUGCGCAACAUCCGUCUGGAGCAGCCUUGCUUUUGUCGCGCUGGGCAGAAAAAGUGUACUUGCCAUCGCCCGGGAGGCGGCGACCGCGGCGGGGACAAGGGCGACACCUGGCUCUUCUCGCGCUUCUCCACCGGCUGGAGCUGCGGGUUACAUGCGGACUGGACGGAGCUCACCAACUGCGUGCCCGCAGCCAUGGAGCGCAGGCGGAUCUGUCCCGCCAAUCGCACCCUCAGGCCUAACCGAUGGAAAUUGUUUCCCACACUCGAAGCGGCCAGUACAGAAAGAAGAGGAGGACCAGCAGCAAGCAAGGGGCGCUCCAGUCCUCUAGAAUCAACUUCUACUAUAAAUACAUCUGACUCAGGAAAGAACUUCUAUUACAUCACAAUGCUGAGGGAUCCUGUGUCACGUUACUUGAGUGAGUGGAAGCAUGUCCAAAGAGGUGCAACGUGGAAGACCUCCCUCCACAUGUGUGAUGGCAGGAGUCCCACGCCAGAGGAACUGCCUAUGUGCUACCUAGGAGAUGACUGGUCUGGAGUCUCCUUACAGGAAUUCAUGGACUGUGACCACAACCUGGCUAACAACCGCCAGGUUCGCAUGCUGGCAGACCUCAGCCUGGUUGGAUGCUAUAAUUUGACCUUUAUGAAUGAGGGCAAAAGGAACAUGAUCCUUCUUCAAAGCGCCAAGUCCAAUCUGAAGAACAUGGCUUUCUUUGGGCUGACAGAAUUUCAGAGAAAAACUCAGUAUCUCUUUGAGAGGACAUUUAAUCUGGAGUUCAUUUCCCCAUUCACUCAGUAUAAUAUUACUCGGGCCUCUAAUGUGGAUAUCAGUGAGUCAAUACGCAAGCGCAUAGAAGACCUCAACUUCCUGGAUAUGCAGCUCUACGAAUAUGCUAAAGAUCUAUUUUUGCAGCGCUUUCAGUAUGCUAAGCAAGAGGAGCAUGAACAAAAUCGCCAGAAGCAAUGGGAGGAGCAAAAAAUAUUGCAUGAACAGAAAGUUAGUGAAUGGCAAAAGGCAGGAGAAGUUAAAGAAAUAGAUGCUACUGAGGAUUAUAACAGCCAGGUGGAACGGUGGUGAAUAGUCCUCACAUGCACCUACAGAAAACACACAGAGAUACGUAUUAAUUCAGACAUUAUUACUUUGCUGAGCAGAAUGAUUUAAUAAUGAAUUGACAAAUAGAACUCCAAUAAAUGAAAUGAAGACUCUUCAACAUUUUAUUUAUUAUUUAUUAAUUAACUUUAUAUCCUGU